GCUCAGGGUGAGCAGAGCAGAUCCGAUCCCUCCCGGGGCCCUUCCCCGGCUGUCGCUGUCGCUGUCGCAGGUUGCGGUGCCCCUGCCGGAGCGGGAUCAAUUGGUACCGACCAUUCCCCGAGCAUCCCCUCCUCUGGCAGCCACAGCCUGCCGGCGCUGCUCUGGAUACAAAGCAGCCACGCUCUGCCUCCUUCCUCCCGCAUCCCGCUGGCCUCCUCCUCCUCCUCUUCCUCCUCCUCCUCCUCCUCCUCCCUGUUUGCUCGCUCUCUUUCUCCCCCGAACGCCAGGCUGCAGAAGGCAGAGCUGCGAGCCGGAGCACAGCGAGGAGCUCCCCGAGGCUGCUCUGGCCGAGCGAAACGCGGGCAGGGAUGCGAUGAAGCAGCGCCGUGCUCGCUGCCUGGAUUAAGAAAGCAAGCAUUUUUUUUUUUUAAAAAAAACCCUUAAACAAAGCCAGAAAAGCACCACAAAGCCGGACGCAACAAACGAGGCGGAAAGGGGGGAGAGAAGGAGGCGGAGGUUGCCGGAUGGGCGAGGAGCCGCUUUGAAUCGUGCCUCUGUUCGCAGGGAUUAGAGCAUGAAUGGGAGCAGCUUCCCGGCCGCGAUGGAGACAGAAGGCGGCUCCGGCUGCGCUCACAAGGUUUCCACCCACCUGAGUCCCUGAGGUUCCUGCUGGCAUCUCCAGCAGUGCCCUGCAGAGGUUCCCUCCUGCUCCUGGCUCCGAGGCCCCUCCAAACCUGCUUCUGCAAUGGGUGGGUUGUAAGCACUGGUAAUGAGGAGCUGUGGGCCCAGUCAGUCUUGGAGAUGCCGAAGAGACGAGACAUCCUGGCUAUCGUGCUGAUAGUUCUGCCCUGGACACUGCUAAUCACCGUGUGGCACCAGAGCACCAUUGCUCCUCUGCUUGCAGUGCACAAGGAUGAUGGUGGUGACUCCCAGCGUGAUCUCGCUGCAGGCUUGGACUCCAAGGAAUACUGCCUGUCGGACCGGGACAUAGUGGAGGUGGUGAGGACAGAGUACGUUUACACGCGCCCACCCCCGUGGUCGGACACGCUGCCCACCAUCCACGUGGUCACCCCCACCUACAGUCGGCCCGUGCAGAAGGCAGAGCUGACCAGGCUGGCCAACACGCUGCUGCACGUGCCCAACCUGCACUGGAUCCUGGUGGAGGACUCGCAGCGCCGCACGCCGCUCAUCACCCGCCUGCUGCGGGACACGGGGCUCAACUACACCCACCUGAACGUGGAGACCCCCCGCAACUACAAACUGCGCGGGGACAUGCGGGACCCCCGCAUCCCCCGCGGCACCAUGCAGAGGAACCUGGCCCUCAGGUGGCUCAGAGAGACCUUUCACAAAAACUACAGCCAGCCCGGGAUUGUUUACUUUGCUGAUGAUGAUAACACCUACAGCCUGGAGCUCUUUGAGGAGAUGCGCAGCACCAGGAAGGUGUCGGUGUGGCCCGUGGCCUUUGUGGGCGGCCUGCGCUAUGAGUCGCCCAAGGUGAACGCGGCGGGGAAGGUGUACGGCUGGAAAACCGUCUUCGACCCUCACCGGCCCUUUGCCAUCGACAUGGCUGGCUUUGCUGUCAACCUCAGGCUCAUCCUGCAGCGCUCCCAGGCCUACUUCAAACUGCGCGGGGUCAAGGGCGGCUACCAGGAGAGCAGCCUGCUCCGCGAGCUGGUCACCCUCAGCGACCUCGAGCCCAAGGCUGCCAACUGCACUAAGAUUUUAGUGUGGCACACAAGGACAGAGAAGCCUGUGCUGGUGAACGAGGGCAAGAAAGGAUUCACAGAUCCCAAUGUGGAAAUCUGAGUGUGCAUGGCUGAGCAGAGACCAACUGCAGAAGAUUUCUUCCUGCACAGCCUGCCAGGUUCCUCUCCACAGCACCCACCCAGCCAACCAGGCGGGAGCCAGGAGCUCUGCUGACUCCCACGAGUUUGAGCCUUCAGAAAAACCAAGCACCACUGCAUACAUGACGUCCCCGGAUCCCCUGCCCCUCCUCCCGGGCUCCGGAGGUGGAGAACAAAGCACAGCAAGGCAGGACUGGCAGCUGCCGGCCCCAGGCUCGGCUGCAACGUGAGCAGGGCUGUGCCAGCACCUGGCUGAGGGGGAGAGCCACAGCAGUGGCCCCUGGGGACUGGUUUUGCUGAGCAACACGAACUUUGUGGCCGUGUGUGAGACAGCCUGAGCAGCUCUCUGGCCGUGGAGGGGACAGCUGCCUUCCUAGAUGGCACCUUAGCCCUUAAUUUUAAACCUCCUUUAAUCAGUGUUUGUUACGCUGCACAAGAGGGGAAGGGUUUGGGGAGGGGGGAAACGAGGCAGGUUACAACAAACCCUUGAAGCAUCACUGUUCUCUGAUUCCCUCUCCUUUUCCUUCCUCAAACAGUUUGGGGGGCACCCUGAUGUUCCUGUGUGUGGUCAUGGAAUCAUGGAAGGGACUCCAAAGGUCCUCUGGUCCAAGGCUGCUCCUUCAGCUGGACCAAGUUGCUCCUGGCCUGGAACAUUCCAGGAAUGGGGCAUCCCCACCCCUCUGGGCACCUGUGCCAGUGUGGCACCACCCUCACUGUAAAAAAUGUCCUUAUUAUCCUCUUUGAGUUUAAAACCAUCAACCCCUGUCCUAGCCCUGCUAAAAGGUUUGUCCCAAAGUGGGACAGGAUCAGGGAGCUGCUGAUCACCACCAGUUCACCGCUGAUCCUGGAGUCUCCAGCAUGUGGGUCUCUAAAAAUGCUAAAGUAAUUGCAAAUUGGGUUUAAUGAGAUUGUGGGGGCCAUGCACCAUAAUAUUCAUCCAGAUCUGGGUCCUGUUUGGUCCGAAUCUGGUUCCCAUUAGGAUUCUUUCAAGGGUGCUCCUAUAUAAAGGUAAAUUUCCACUCUUAAAAAAUAAAACUGCUUCAAAGUAGAGAUUAAACACUAAAAGGUGAAUUUAGUGCAUUUCCCAUUUGACUGGAGAGUAUCCUCCAGCUCCUUCUUCUGCUACUGCAGAGCUGGUGUGAAAAGGCACCUGGAGCAGUUCCCAGUCCCCUCUGAUGGAGCAGCACCCUUGGGAAGGGGAUCCUGGCUCAGGGCUCUGCUCAUUCACCAUCUGCUGGUGCUGCCACCAUGGGUGACUCUGUUUGAGACUGCCAAACUUGCUGAGAUAAAUCUGAGGUACAACAGGCCCCUUCUCCCCAGCCAAAACCCAUAAAUUCCCUCCUCCUCCUCCAUAACUGUUGUCAAACCUUUGUCACCACCCCUCCCUGCCGCUGUCCCAAUUCCUUCAAAAAUUCUGAAGCACAAUUUUACCUUUGAACUGAGGGAAAAAUGUAAUCCUGCAAUAGACUUGGUUAUUUUUAGCCCUAACACAUAGAACUAUUAAAAUGCUCUGGGUUUGAUUGUUGGCUUCACGGUGCAGAAGUCUCCCCUUGGACUAAUGACAUUGUGUAUUUCCUGAUAUUUCAAAGGAAAAAUAUUUUUUGUAAGUUAUUUUCUCCCACUGUAUAUCAGAACCUUUGGGGAAAAGUCUCAUUCUUUAGCUCCCAGCCACAGAAGCCUUUACAAAAAUGUUCCUUUUAGAUGCAAUGGCUGAAGCACCACUUGGAAAGAAAGUGUUGGAUGCUGCUGGCUGCUCUAUGGGAACAGGUAUUGUUACCUUGGAUUAAAACUCUGCACUCAAGUAGAUUUAUUCUCUUACUGUACUGGCCUUCCAAGCUCCCUUCAGUCUGCAAACCCUCCAGUGGAAAGAGACAUUUCUCAAGGACUACCAAGUUCUCAUAGCAUUGAAAUAGUUUCCAGCUGAUGUCCUCUCCGAGCUGCAUGUUUUGGUUCACUGAUCUGAAUUCCAGUCCCUGCCGGGUUCCAACUUUCCCUCCUUGGAAGGAAACAUUAACUUGCAGAAAAAUGCAAAGGAUGGAGUGCUGAACACAGCCCUGCACAUUUGCUCUGCCCACAGGAGCCUCUCAGCUGUCCCAGAGCUGCUGUGGCCCUGGGGAGCAGAGACAGACCUGGCCAGGAUGGAGUGUGUUCCAGCUGCACUGUCUGUUCUCAGUUUUAAACAAACUGUAUUUAAAUUUGUUAAAUAAAAUGAUGGUUUCUAAGAGCCAGAA